UCUCUCUCUCUCUCUCUCUCUCUCUCUCUACAGUUUCUUUCCUGAACUAGUCUCUCCACUCUCUCUCUCUCCAGUCUUCACUCUUGACCCACAAAAGUAACAACAACAACAAUCAAAAUUGCAAAACAAAUAGCAUCAAAUUUUGUUGGGUUGUUACUUUUUUCAGGUGAUAAGUGAAUCUGUGGCAUUUCUGCCCCAAAAGAUGUUUUCAGAGUCAGAAUUUAAAAAAUGACCAAAGAAUGGUUAAUCAAGCUGGGUUGGUUACCAUCGGCAUCUCAGUUGGUUUGGCCCUUGGAAUUUUGAUAGCUUUUUUGGUAUUCCGUGGCAUAAGGUGGUAUAGAAAGCGAGCUCAUCUUCGCCGAUGUGCAAAUGAGCAUAGUAUACCAAGCACAACCCUUCCCAUACGCACAAAUGGCUUAGGUACAAGCACUGAAUUUAGCGCAUCUCUCACGAAUUCAAUAACCAUUCAGGGAUCAGAACAGCUUCAUAAAAGUUCUCAGCUUUCCUGGUGGAAAAGUCAGAAUAAAGAUGGCAUUGCUUCUCCAUCAGGCAUACUUAGAUACUCUUACAAGGAUAUUCAGAAAGCUACACAGAAUUUCACAACUAUUUUAGGACAAGGGUCAUUUGGUCCUGUCUAUAAAGCAACACUAAACCCAGGAGAAGUAGCUGUGAAGGUGCUUGCUUCUAAUUCCAAACAGGGAGAGAGAGAGUUUCAAACAGAGGUAUCUCUGCUUGGAAGAUUACAUCAUCGGAAUCUUGUGAAUUUGGUAGGAUAUUGUGUAGAUAAAGGACAGCACAUGUUGAUAUAUGAGUUCAUGAGUAAUGGGAGCUUGGCAAACCUUCUAUAUGGUGAAGGAGAACGGAUUUUGAGUUGGGAUGAAAGGCUUCAAAUUGCUUUAGACAUUGCACAUGGGAUUGAGUACCUUCAUGAAGGGGCAGUGCCACCUGUUAUACAUCGUGAUUUGAAGUCUGCUAAUAUAUUAUUAGACCGAUCAAUGAGAGCCAAGGUUGCUGAUUUUGGGUUGUCAAAGGAAGAGGUCUUUGAUGGCCGGAAUUCUGGACUGAAAGGCACAUACGGUUACAUAGACCCAGUGUACGUAUCAACAAACAAUUUCACAAUGAAAAGUGACAUCUACAGUUUUGGCAUUAUCAUCUUUGAACUCAUCACAUCCAUUCACCCCCAACAAAACUUAAUGGAAUAUAUAAAUCUUGCCUCUAUGAGUCAUGAUGGUGUUGAUGAAAUACUUGAUAAGAAGCUUGCUGGAGAAUGCAAUGUUGACGAAGUGAGGGGGCUUGCGAGUAUUGCGCACAAAUGCCUGCACAAAUUACCGAGAAAGAGACCUUCAAUAGCAGAAGUUUCACAAGCUAUAUUGAAGUUAAAACAGAGGCGCCUUGCUAAAGUAGAUACCAUGUCUUUUGCAAGCUGUGAUUUUUCACGAGCAGUGAGCCGAAUAGAGGAUCAGCAAGUGGAGUUAAGGAAGAUGGCCAGCUUGAAGGAGAGUGAGUGAAUGACCAACAAAGCUUCUUUUUACUCCCCCCCUCCCCUCUCUUUCUCUAUCGUUCAAAUCCUCUCCCCUUUGGCUGUUCCUCGAGUAAUACUAAUGCUACCAUUUAGUACGCAUAGUCGAACAAAAGGUAACUGAAUCAAUGAGCUACUUUUGCAAAA